AUGGCGUGGUGGCUGUGGCUCAUGACCAAGCACUUGGUCGAGAAUUUCGUGCUGUACGCGCUCCUCUUCCUCCUCUGUGGCACCGACACCCCGCCCAGUGACAAUGAGUCCAAGUCGUCCAAAUUCGACAUCCACCGCCAGUACGAGACCAUUCCGGACGGACCCCCUCCGAAGCGACCAUGGUGGUGA